UCUCUCUCUCUCUCUGCUGUAGAUAACAGUGACAGGAUGUCUGUGAAUGAGCGCAGAAGAGAGGGAUGUGAAAGCGGAGGAGAGCAGAUCACACUGGAGGCAGAACUUUGCGCAAACAGCAGUAAGAGAAGCUGGAGGAGGAACAGAGUCCGGAGUUACUCUGCAGAGCAACAGCAGCGGAGACGUGGACAGCGUGAGGAAGAGCUGAUCACCCGCCGAGACACAAUGGCCUCCCUCAACAGCUCCUACUGCCCCAUCCUGCAGGAAAUGCUGUCUCACUCCCUGCACAACCACACGGAGGUGAACCUGGCGGAGGUGUUGCUGCUGGCCGUGGUGUCGGCCGUCGGCAUCCUGGAGAACGCGCUCAUCCUGUGGGUGGUGGGCUUCCGCGUGCGGCACACUGUCUCUGCCGUGUGGGUCAUCAACCUGGCGCUGUCCGACCUGCUGGCCACGCUGACGCUGCCGCUCUUUGUGCUGUACCUGGCCUUCUCUCACAGCUGGGAGCUGGGCCAGCCGCUCUGCGCCGCCCAGUCCGCCGUCUUCUUCCUCAACAUGUUUGUCAGCGCCUUCCUGCUCGCCGCCAUCAGCCUGGACCGCUGCCUGAUGGUGGCCCGGCCCGUGUGGAGCCAGAACCACCGCUCGGUCCCGGCGGCCUGGCUCAUCUGCGGGCUUGGCUGGCUGUGGGCCGCCCUCAACAGCCUGCCCUACUUCCUGUUCCGCUCCGUCAUUCCCCGCAAGGACGGCCGCAACAUGUGCUACCACAACUUCGCGCUGUACCCGACGGGCGCGGGCCUGGACCGGGACUGCAGGCUGCGGCAGGAGGCCACCGCCAUCUCCAAGUUCCUGCUGGCGUUCCUGGUGCCGCUGGCCGUGAUCGCGGGCAGCUACGCCUGGUUCGGGUGGAGCCUGCGGGAGCGGGCCCGGCGGCGCGGCAGCGGCAGGAUGCUGAGGUCCAGCUCCAGCUCCAGCACUGGUGCCGCCAGCCUGGGGCCCAUCUCCCGCCAGUUCUCGCGCAUGGUGGUGUCGGUCAUCGCAGCCUUCGGCCUUUGCUGGUCCCCCUACCACGCCUUCUGCCUGCUGGAGAUGACGGCCCACUCCUGGCCCCGCGGGGUGAAGAUGGUGGUGGUGGGCCUACCCCUCGCCACCUUCUUCUCCUUCCUCAACCCCGUCCUGAACCCGGUGCUGUACGCCUUCAGCUGCCCGGACUUCUGCGUGCGCAUCCGGCAGAGCCUGGCCGCGCUGCUGGAGGGCCUGCUGGAGGAGGACAGCAGGGGGCGCUGCAGCAUUGGAUCCACCAAGGGCAAGAAGCGCAGGGACACGCCCUCCCCCCACGCCUCACAUCUGCUCUUCUCCAAGGCCUCCAUGGCCUCCUACCAGUUCAAACACUGCCAGUCAACAAGCAGAGACAGCGAAGACAGAUAGAGAGAGUGGGGAGGGAGAGGGGGGGAGGGAAAUAAGAGA